GAGCUGGUCCACGCUGUGUGGAUUAAACAUUUUCACUUAAGUCCUGACAGAAGCUGCAGCCGCGGGUGUGUGGAUGGGGGGAAACAGCCCGAGUCACCUCUCUCAGGAGGAUGGUGAAGGCGGAGGAGUUACUUUUGUGAAGGGCAUUCGGCUGUCAGACAAAGUGAUCCAGCGGAUGAAACAGCCUUCAAAGGUCGUCCGUCCUCCACCCGCACAGAAUGGAAGUCCUCCAUCACACUCACCUGAAACACAAACAUCCACUCCUGUUCCCACCCCCUCUGUUGAACAUUUACUACCUCUUCUGACGCCUCCACCUGAAUUCAUCCUGCCUCCCCCUCCUCUUCAUGAAGCUCCAUCAGUGGAACCUGCUGCUCCUGUAAAACUCGUUCCUCCUCCUCCUGUAAAGUUUCACUCCCUGCCUCCUACCUCUGUGGAGCCCGCAGCACCGCCGCAAACUCCACCUCUGACCGACCCUGUUGUCUCGGCCCCUCCUCCUCCUCCAUCUGCACCUUCUCCACAAGUAGAAGCCCCUGUGGAGCUUCAGUCUCCUCCUCCACCCCCACCGGCUGUAGUGGAGCCAGUAGUUCUACCUCCUGUUGAAUCCUUCAUCCCACCUCCAGAAACCAUAUCUACACCGCCGAUAGCAGAACCAGUUGUCCUCCCUCCACCUGUUGAAUCGGCUGUUGCUCCACCUGAACCACCAGCUUCACCUCUGCUCUCUGAAACGCCUAUUCUUGAACCUGCAGCUGUAGCUUCCUCUGUUGAGCCUCUUGAAUCUGUUGCCCUGGCUGCACUACCAGUGGAAACGAUCCAGCCUCCACCCAUGGUUGAAUCUGCACCAGUUGAACCAAUUACUCCACCCUGUCCUGUUGAUUUAGCUCCAGUUGAAGUUUUACCGCCACAAGUGGAAACAACUCUUUUUGAGGCUGCAGUUCCACCUGCUGCAGUAGAAGAAGUACGGCCUCCAGUCGUGGCUCCAGCUCUCGACCUGCCUCUGCCAUGUGAACUUCCACCACCUCCAGAGCUGAUGGCACCUUCUGCUGCUCUGGAGCCCAUUGCAGCACCCGCUCCUGUUCUAGAGCUGGUAGCAGCACCCGCUCCUCCUCUAGAGCCCGUUGCAGCACCCGCUCCUCCUCUAGAGCCCGUUGCAGCACCCGCUCCUCCACCAGAGCCCGUUGCAGCACCCACUCUUGCUCCAGAGCCCGUUGCAGCACCCGCUCUUGCUCCAGAGCCCGUUGCAGCACCCCCUCCUCCUCCAGAGCCCGUUGCAGCACCUGCUCCUCCUCCAGAGCCCGUUGCAGCACCCGCUCCUCCUCCAGAGCCCUUUGCAGCAUCCGCUCCUCCUCCAGAGCCUGUUGCAGCCCUUGCUCUUGCUUCAGAGCUCGUUGCAGCACCCGAUCCGGUUCUAGAGCCGGUUGCAGCACCCGCUCCGGUUCUAGAGCCGGUUGCAGCACCGUCUCCUGCUCCAGAGCCCGUUGCAGCACCCUCUCCUGCUCCAGAGCCCGUUGCAGCACCCUCUCCUGCUCCAGAGCCCGUUGCAGCACCAGCUCCUCCCCCAGAGCCUGUUUUUGAGGAGCCCGUGGCCCCCUGUCUCUGCGUGGAGCUUGCCGUCGUUCCCACUCAUGCACCUUUAAGUGAUGAACCCCUGGUCGAGCCUGUGGCUCCAUCUCCGCCUGCUCUAGCUCCACCUUCUGAGGAGCCCGCCAUGAUCAUGUCUCUGCCCCCUGUUCUUGAAGAUGAAGUACCUGCUGUCGCCUCAGUGGCACCACCUGCAGCAGCCCCCCCUGUUUCUCCUGAAGUGGUAGAGGAAGAGUUGAGGGAGAAGAUUAAAGGGGAGAUGAAGAUGAGUCUGGAGGAGGAGAUCAACCAGAGGAGGAAGGAGCUGCAGCUACAGCUGGAGGAGAUGAGGUUUCAGGCUCAUCUAGAGGCCCAGGCAGCCGCUCAGGCUCAGGUGGAGGCGCAGGUGAAGAGGACGCUGGAGGCGGAGAAGGGUGCUUUCGUGGAGAACCUGACGGAGUCCAUCAUGAAGGAGCGAAUGAAGACCGAGGACGAGCAUCUCAUGGUGCAGCUUUAUCGGAUGGAGCUGAAGGCUCAUCAGCUGGAGGAGAAGGAGAAAGAGCUGAAGAAACGAGACACUCUCUAUAAGGAACACAUCACAAAACUUGAAGCAAAGUGCACUGAGUUUUACAAAGUGACUGCUGAGAGCUAUCAAAAGGGCAAAGAAGAGACUCACAACCGAUUUGCACGUUACAACAUCCAGCCUGUGUGCGGUGACCUGCAGGGUCAGAUUUUAAAAUGCUACAAAGAAAACACUGGACAGACUCUGUCCUGCUCGAGUAUCGCCUCGGCCUACAUGCAGUGUGUGGACAACGCCAAGAAGAAUAAACUGAGCACUGGAGGUUAACGUGGACCACCUGAUGAGGAAAGAAGUUGAUGGAAAGAAUUCAACAAACAGAUGAGUGAGAGGAGAAUCUACUCCUUCCUUCACAUACAGCUGGAAGAAGUGCCAUAGACCCAGCCCAGCAGACCGGUCCGCUUCUGGUAACGAUUUGUCUUCACCCUCUCUGGUUCUCGGGAUCAUCUUAAAAACCAAAUGUGCCGCAACAACAGCAACACGAACAGAUGGAUAAAAUCAUUUAAAGGAGCAGAAAAGCAAAACUUGUGAAUUUAAGUAAGGUAUCUUUGUGAGAUAAAUGCUGAACGACUCAAUCAUUAUGUUUGUGUGCCUUGAAGUUACGAACGUUAAUCAUGAGAUUGUAAAUGCAUGAUGUAAAGAGGAACACAGUGUGAAGAAAAAAACACUUGUACGUGUUGCAGGUUAUUGUACUGUAUAUAAAUUAUUUCAGGGGUUAUUUCUGGUGCAUGCAACACAUUUAAUUAAAUCACAAUAAACUUUAUUGUGGAAUC